AUGGUUCUUUAACUACCAAUUGAAUAAAGAAUUGAUAAAUCUUACAUACUCUUGCGCACUCCACAAGGUGAAGAAAUCCUAAAAAGACUCAGGCAAAUUUAAAUGGCGGUUAAUUAGAAAUUAAAAUAAAAAGUUGAGUUUUAAAAAUUCGAGAACAAUUAAGGAGAGAAGAUUUGUAUAAUUACAACAUAAAUUGCAAGAAUUAAAGCAAAAGUAGAAAGAUGAAUUUGUAGUCUUAGGUGAUUUGCAAAGUUAAUUAAAACAAAAAGUACAAAACAAAAUCAAAAUUAAAAAUUCAAAUAAUUAUUAAGUGAUAUUGAGAAUUAGGAUUGUAAGAGUUUUUUUAUAUUAAAUAGUCAGAGAAAUAAUGAUUGAUGAUAAGACAAUAGAAGAAAGUUUGAAUUCAAUAUUUUUAGAACAUUUUACUAAAAAUUAAGCAUUAUUAAAAGAAUAAGCAGAGUAGAUAAAAUAUGCAAAAGAAGUUUAUGAAUAAUAAUAUCGUGAACAAUACCAUUCAUGA